AUGUAUGGAAAAGCACAUGCAUCAGUAAUUACUGAUCAAGAUUUAACUAUAGGUGCUGUUAUUAAGAAAGUAUUUCCAGAAUCUCAUCAUUUUUCAAGAUUAUCCUCCUUUGCUGAAAAAUCUGAAGAGAUACGUAAAGUCAUUGUAAGAGACUUGGAUCAAAUAUAUCAAAAGGUUCCUAUGAUGGAAACUCAAGGUAUUGGUAUUAUGGAGAAUGAUAGCGUUUCAAGCCAACAAUUGACAAGUGAAGAUAUUCAUGGAGUAAUAGCGAACCAGCCUAAUGAUAUUGCUUCGAUAAUCAAUAUUGGUGAUCCACAUGUUUCUCAAACUAAAGGUCGAAGAAAGGAUAGUUAUGGGUCUCAAAGUGAAAGAUUCAAAAGUUGCCUUGAGAUGGCUUUGACACGUACAAAUGUGAAAAGGCGUUCAUGUCAAAUUUGCAAAGGAUAUGAUCAUAAUAAACGCAACUGUAAAGGAACAAAAAACUUUACAAAUAUAUUAUCAGAUUGA